AAUUCAUUAUCUGCUUUCUUCCACUAAAAGCGCUUUAAUUGUUUCAAAGUAAAACAUUGAACAGAAAAAACAACUCACGUAUGUCGUCUUUGAUGACGUUCAGACGUACAUUCCGUCCCGCUUCCUCAGUUUCUGACUCACUCUCACAUGAUUCGUCGGUUUCGGUACACGUGACUCCCAAACCGCCAGAACCACGUCUUCCGGUGUCUGGGAAAGACUGCGCAGUGAGGGCUUCAGAGGCUUCCUCGUGUCCCAUGGCGCUGCAGGAGCUGGGCAUCAGUCUGUCCAUGACGGGUCUGGCUGGCACCAUCCUGAUCUGUGCUCUACCCAUGUGGAAGGUGACGGCCUUCAUCGGCACCCACCUGGUGGUCAUGCAGGUCUUCUGGGAGGGGUUGUGGAUGACCUGCGUCAGCGAGUACACUGGCCAGAUGCAGUGCAAGCUCUACGACGCCUUGCUGGACCUGUCGCCGGACCUGCAGGCCGCUCGAGGCCUCAUCUGC